CAGCAGUAGUGUUCUUUAAAUAUGCAAGCAAAAGUUAGAGAUCACAGUUCUACGCGGAUCUUCUUCGGAGACGGAUGUGUUAGCUGUUUCACAAAUUCUAGGCACAAUGCGUUUAUUAGCUAUUAUUGUAGCGGCAUGUUUGACUCUGGCCAUUGUUCAAGGUCUGCCGGCUAAGGAAAAACCAUCUAAAAGUACUUGUCAAAAGGCAUGCACUUUCGACUAUACACCAAUUUGUGCCGGUUUGAAGAAUAGCAAAGAUAAACCGCUGUCAUUCGGUAACACUUGCGUGCUCGAAAAUUAUAAUUGUGAAAAUCAAAAGAGUUUGGUCGUACUAUCUCAAGGAGAAUGCCCUGGAGGCAGCGGUGUGAGAUUGCAGUAACAAGUGUUAACACUAGCAAACUGAUCAUGCUUUUAUCAACAACUUUUCUGAUGGAUGUGUAAAGUACCUACUAAAAUAAAAGUCUCAAAGAAAAAGCAAAAAACGAUUUUAGGAGCAUGAAUUGAGUUUCUUCCGUUAGUUAGUGUAAGAGCUUAGAGGCAUUCGUGAUUUGACCUUAUUUUUUGCGGUAUCAACCACUGAACUAUUGUGACCUUUUGUCAGUAAUUUUCAUGCGAUAUUACUUUAUAUCAACAUCAUAGCAGUUCCUGUGUAUUAUGUUAUGUUCAUCACAAUUUCAGCAAAUAUUGCAAUUUUUAUUAAUUAAGCAUUUAUUUCCUCUAUUUUAAUACUCCCAUUAUUUUUGCUUUUUAUUACGUUUUAUAGUGUACUAUAAACCAAUUUACAGUCAACUUUCGUGCGAAUUUGUAUUUCGCAGAAGUGGUGUAGUUUAUGGCCGAAUUUUUUUCAUAAUUUUCUUUCGCAAAAUUGUUUCAGGAUGGGUUAUAAGUUUUCAAUUUACUUUGUUGUCUAAUAAAUAUAUCGAGCGGAAGAGAACCAUCGCGAUGCAUCGGUUCUCAACAUAUGAUUGAAACAGUAAUCGCUACAUGGACUAUUAUUUAUAUACCUAUGACCUUAAUAAUUUAACUUCAACCCGUAGUUCAUUGUGAAAAUGGUAUAAAACUAA